GUGUCAAGUCUGGACAACAACACGGGUUGCGGACGGUGGCUACGGUCUACGGCGUUUUCACAUACAAACCUUGGUGUAACCGCGAAACCGCAAAGUAAUCUAGAACUAUGCCUGACUACUUGGGUGAUGACAUGCGUAAGGCCAAGAAAGAGGACAAGGAGGAGAAAGAGCAAGAAAUAAAAGUUCUUGAUGAAGGGGACAUCGCUCUGCUGAAGACUUACGGCGCCGGGCAGUACAGCAAGGCGAUCAAGCAAGUGGAAGAAGAUAUUCAGUCGAUCUUAAAGCGCGUGAAUGAGCUUACAGGUAUCAAGGAGUCUGACACGGGGUUGGCCCCUCCGGCGCUGUGGGAUUUGGCAGCAGACAAGCAGACCCUUCAGAAUGAGCAACCGCUACAGGUUGCCCGCUGCACAAAAAUCAUAAAUGCUGACAGUGAAGACCCGAAGUACAUAAUCAAUGUCAAGCAGUUUGCAAAGUUUGUUGUUGAUUUGGCCGAUUCUGUGGCACCAACAGACAUUGAAGAAGGAAUGAGAGUUGGUGUGGACCGAAACAAGUACCAGAUUCACAUCCCGCUGCCACCCAAAAUCGACCCUACAGUCACCAUGAUGCAAGUGGAGGAAAAGCCUGAUGUCACAUACGCAGACGUUGGUGGCUGUAAAGAGCAGAUUGAGAAGCUGAGAGAGGUUGUUGAGAUGCCGCUGCUGCAUCCUGAGCGUUUUGUCAACCUAGGCAUUGAGCCACCCAAAGGUGUGCUGCUGUUCGGACCCCCUGGAACAGGGAAGACCUUGUGUGCCCGAGCUGUUGCCAACAGAACAGACGCCUGCUUUAUCAGGGUUAUUGGUUCAGAGCUUGUGCAGAAGUACGUCGGGGAGGGUGCGCGAAUGGUGCGAGAGCUGUUUGAGUUGGCCCGCAGCAAAAAGGCUUGCCUGAUAUUUUUCGAUGAGAUUGACGCAAUUGGAGGUGCCCGUUUUGACGAUGGUGCUGGUGGUGACAAUGAGGUGCAACGAACCAUGCUUGAGCUCAUCAACCAGCUGGAUGGCUUUGACCCCCGUGGAAACAUCAAGGUCCUUAUGGCAACCAACAGGCCAGACAUCCUAGACCCUGCCUUGAUGAGGCCUGGACGGCUUGACCGCAAGGUUGAAUUUGGACUUCCUGACUUGGAGGGAAGAACGCACAUCUUCAAGAUCCAUGCCCGCUCCAUGAGUGUUGAGAGAGACAUUCGUUUCGAGUUGCUGGCUCGUCUUUGUCCCAACAGCACGGGUGCUGAGAUCCGCAGUGUCUGCACCGAGGCAGGUAUGUUUGCCAUUCGAGCAAGAAGGAAAAUUGCCACUGAGAAGGACUUUCUGGAGGCCAUCAACAAAGUGAUCAAGUCUUAUGCCAAGUUCAGUGCAACGCCUCGCUACAUGACCUACAACUGAGGGAGUGCUUCCAUUGUGAAGUUUGUUUAGUGGUGUACUAAUAAAUGGUUACCCAUGAAAAGCUA